UCGCCUCUCGACAGGGGCGAUGGACCUGAGGAAAUCGGUCAGGAAGACCCUCCUGACGCUGGCACGGGCCGCCCUCCCCACCCUCGGCUUCGGCUUCACCUGCCUGGGGGCGUUCCUGCUGUCCACGAGGGGGGCCGGGAACAGCUGCGCCCCUUACAUCUGCAUCGUUCUGGGGUUCGUCCUGCUGACAGCGGGGGUCGUCUGGACCAUCUGCGUGAGCGUGAGGAGCAGGGUGCUCCGGCAGCGGCAGGGGACCAGCCGCAUCUGCACCGUGGACAGGCCUGAUUUUUACCCACCAUCCUAUGAGGAAUCCUUGGACAGAGACACCAACGCUGUCACCCCAAACCCUGUCGAACCCCGCCACACCAUAGCCCCGCCCCUUUACACAGCGAGCAUCACUGAGGUACCCAGUGAGGACUACAGCUUGGAGGAGCCGCCAUCUUACGGGGAGGCCAUCCUCCAGGGGCGGAGCCACCCGGACACCCCCCCUGCAAGCCCCACCCCUGGUGCGACGCUGCCGGGCGCCCCUAUCGACAGGCAUUAGACGCAUCGAUACGAGGAGGCGGGACAAUCCAGUGGAGGUGUGAGUUCAGCCGAGAGCCGCGAAUGUGCGCUACGGUGACCGGGAGAGGACAUGCAGAGCGGGUUUGUGUGUUCUUCUCCACCUCCCAUUCAGUUCUGGCAUGAUCAGCAUGUGAACAGCUCUGGGGAGGAUAUCAAAAAAGGCUGAGAGUGGAGAGAGAUUUGGGUGACCAGUUCUGUGAGGGGGCUAAAGAGACAGAGAGGACAGGGAGAUUGCCGAUGGCCAGUUGCUGGGAAAGCAGAGAAUCCACUGAAGAUGGAGUGCAGCUGUGACCGUUGAAGAAAACCGUACUAAAGCAGGACUCAAAAGGGCAGCUGUCCAUCAGCAGGAUCCGCCCCUGCCGAUUGGACGAAGAAACGGUGACGGAGACACGCCCUCUGCGACCGGAGGAACGGCUAGAGGAAGAAUCUUCCAGAAGAGAGAAAAUUACACUGGGCGGGAAUGGGACAGGGAAGAGCAGGAAAAGACACACGCAGAGCGAGAGGGUGCACAGCAGCCAGGCAGGAAGUAGCCAGGAGAAGAGGACACCAGGAACAGGAAACACAUAAGCAGUGCGGGAAGGGUGUUUCAACAGGGCAUUAGACUGUGGUCUCUACAGGUUUCCGGUGUGUUCCAGCGAUUUGCUAAUUCAUUUGCGCAACGGACUGCGUUAAAGCGUACACACACAUCUUGUUCACGAGGCCUAAAUUGGCAACUGAUUGAAAGGAAACCAUAAAAAAUUACAGGAAGGGGCAUGCACUGAAUGGGAAGGAUACAGAGUGAACUGGAUUUGCACGUGGAAGGGUAAAUAUAUAAAGCACUGUUUGUAGUUUGCCGAUAAGACUCAUUGCCUCAUUUACUGGACCCUUUCCUGAGUGAGUUUAUUAACUCUAAAUAUCAAGGACACAGGUGUUCAUUAACCUGUCCCGUUCCCUGAUAAUGUCUUGAUUGAUUAUUUCUAUGCUGCAGUUAAAAUGGCACAUUUUCAUACACACACACACACACACACACGCAUACCGCCCAAGUUACUGCACUGUUUACAGUAUC